ACAAAAUGCUCACGCGCUCUUCGUUCGGCCGGAUUCUUGCCUCGCGCCAAGCCACGGCGCCGGCGCACCCGAUCAACUGGUCGCGCGUCACAAAGGCUCGGCCAAACGCCGUCUUUGGCGCGCUCUCGAGCGCCAAUGUGCCGAGUUUGCACCUCUUUAGCGUCCUCUCCAAGGUGCACUGGACGCACCGCCCAACAAAGCCGACGCGCCCGGCGCAAUUCCGGUACCUCACGAUCGUGGGCGGGCACUGCGUGCCGUUCCGACAUUAUGAAACCGAGUGGAGCAAGAACCAGCGCCGCGCCCUCGGCAAGAAGCUCUACGUCAUUGAAGAAGAGACCGCCCAAGACGACGACUAGAGAUCUUCGCGCUUUUAUAUUUAUUUACAACGACUCGAUUGAAAUGUAAUAUAUUCAUUCUCAU